AUGAGCGUCUAUAUGGGCCACGGGCAGAACGCCAGCAGCUUCAUGCAGGCGGCCACCUAUCCGGGCUACCACCAGGGCUCGCAGAGCUACAGCAUGCUGCAGGCCUCCUACGGCAGCGAAGUCUUAGCAGCGAAGAUCAAGAGCCCGGCCAGCCAGGUGGUCAGUCCGGCCUACAUGAGUGGCUACAGCCAGAUCACACCUGCCGGCCAAGGCUAUUAUCCAGGUACUCCAGGAAGUCUUUCUUACGGAGCUGCAAACCCUGUAGCCGGAUACGACAACAGUUUCUACAACUAUGGCGGCCCUGCUACCGACUACUAUUCACAGUAUCCAUACCUGUCGGCCAGCUCUGCCGUGACCCCCACUACCACAGUGCCUUCAACACAGACUUACCAACUCAUCGAUGCACCAACACCGACAACAGCGUCCACAGUUGCAGCUCCAGAUGCCAGCUACAACAACAUGGCUAGUCCCUCUCCCUCGCUUAAAGAAAACGGACGAGUGUCCCGAUCGAGGGGAAGGAGUAGAACCCAGCCGUCCCCCGGCCCGGAGUCUGACCUGGAGCGAGUGUUUGUCUGGGAUUUGGAUGAGACCAUUAUCAUCUUUCAUUCUUUGCUCACGGGAUCAUACGCUCAGAGAUACACGAAGGAUCCUCAAGGCUCCAUGUCUUUAGGUUUACGGAUGGAGGAGAUCAUCUUCAACCUGGCAGAUACUCAUUUAUUCUUCAACGAUUUAGAGGAGUGUGACCAGGUACAUAUAGACGACGUAUCUUCCGAUGACAACGGGCAGGAUUUGAG